UGCGGCUUUAGCUUAUAAAAGCUCUCCCACAUAUGGCUGGAUCAGUUAGUGAUUGCACAGAAUGUCGCCCAAUUGGACGUACUUGCUAAUUGUCAGCUCUACUUUGCUGCUGCUUGAACGUGCCUUCGCGGAUGUGGCUCAUUUCUUUGCGGCACCCUCCGAAUUUGGCAGCUAUCAGCAGGGACAAACGCCCUUUCAGCUGGCCUUUGCGCCACCUGCUCUGUAUGGACCACCAGCUGGCAGUCCUGUGACUCCCGCACCUGUGGCACCCGUAGCGCCUGCUACCACGGAGUUUAAUCUGCCAGAGAUCAUUGAGAACCGCAGCGUUAAGGGUUCCAGCCAGGGACAUGGAAAUUUUAUUCCCCUGAGCCAGCAUUACCUUCCACCCAGCAAUGAGGAGCGACCCAGCUAUGAAAUUCCUAAGCCAAGCCAUGAAUUCGAGGGCUACUAUUAUCCACAGCCCAGCGCCAGCAGCACCACGCGCAUUCCCACGACAACAACAACAACGCCACGCCCCAUCAUUGUACAGGAGCCCGGAGAUGAUGAUGAGCCUUUGUCCUCACCUGGCUAUGAUUAUAAUGCGCCGCAGCAGCGCCCCUCAACGCCAGCGCCCGUCUACUUGCCGCCAGCGGAGAACAGUCCGCAACAGCAACAGCUGCGCCUGCGUCUCAAGGAUAUGCGCUGCCUGCAGUCGGGCUACUUUCGUGCAGUGCUAAAACUGGACAGUUUUCUGGGUGCCGCGCCAGUGCUGGAAAACGACAACGAGGAAGUGCAAGACAAACAUUGCGAGCUGAAGCUGUCGCGCAGCUUUCUGCUCUUGGACAUUGCGGGCGCAGACUUUGAGCGCUGCGGAGUGCACACUUGUGGUCAGGACUUGUGUCUGCGUCUGCGUUUUCCGGCCAUACGUGGCCUUCGCACUGGCGGCGACUCCAUUCUGACGCUGCACUGCAAGACGCAGGAACGCGUGGCGGUCAAGACGCAUGCACUGAAAAUGGGCGUGGCUAAUGAUGUGCAGGCACGCAGUGUUGGCAGCCAUGCCCAUGGUGGCAAUCAGAAUGCCUUUCGCACCCACGUGGAGCUAUUGAGACGGGGCACCAAUGGAUAUACGCGACACCUGGAGAGCAAUGGCGCGGUACAGCUGGGUGAGGAGCUGUUGCUGCGCGCACAUGUCCUGGCAGGCGAUGGCUGGAACUACACCAAGCUAAGUGACGUGCAGCUUCAACGCAUCUCAGCAGCUGGCGAGCUUUUAAAUAGCGCCCAGCUGAUCACCCCACGCGGCUGUCUGAAUCCCGCCAUGCAGAGCAUCUGCGCGCAUGCGCCCAGCCCUGAGCUGCCGUUGGGCCAGCGACUGCAGUUUCGAGCCAUCAUGUUUCCGGGCAUGCACAGCGGCGAUGUGCUGGUCAUGUCCAUGCGCAUUACGGCCUGUCUGGAGCGCGAAGAUUGCCAGCUAACGGCGCAGGAUUGCCAACCAGGUGUGGCACAGAGACGACGACGGGAUACUCGGCUGGGUGCCCAUGGCAAUGGAACAGAGGCAUCGGAAUUGUCUCAGAUAACCUUCAGGGUAAUUAUGCCGCACAUGAGCUCCAUGGCGGAGCAGCCGGCAGUUGUCAGCGAUUUGGCCAAUGCGAAUGUGGCUGAAAAAACCAAGUCGAUUGCUUUGUUUGGCAGCGUGGGUUUUGUGGUCCUGCUGAUGGGUGUGGCCGUAGUGGCGCUUUAUAAGAUGGGCAAAUAGCUUGCCGGAGAUAGGGAUAGAAUUAGGGGCAAUAUAAGUCAGCUAAGGGAUUGUAGAUUUUUCUACUC